AUGGAUGUGCAUUUGCCAAUCGAAAUACCGCAUUGUGGAGAUCUGGAAGACUCGACGAUUCACACAGUUCUGGAACAAGAAGAAGUGGGUGUGCUGCACUUCUAUGAUGUUUGUGAACUCGCGUCAGAGACCGUCAGUGUGCAGGAUGCGUCCGUGAAGGUGUUUUGUGAGAGUCUGAGCAACUGCUAUGAGUCGUUCCGAAGCUUUGACAUCAAGAUACUGGCUGUGAUUUUAUCGCGGUUUGAAGAGGUGAUGCUGCUUGAUGCCGAGUCCCAUGUCGCUCUGAGAUACGGACAAGUACCAGAGUACAGGCACGCUAUUCUUUUACGAUCGUUUUACAGCGGAAAAAUACACUGGGGAAAACUUCUCCAUCGUCGCAAUAAUAGUGUGAGACAAAUACAUGACUUCAUGUCACGGUUCGAUGUGUCGCUGUUCAAGCCAUUAGGUCACAUUGAACGACCAAAGGCAACAAGCGAGAACAAGGUGCCUGUAACGCUACAUUUCUCACCCAGCGAGCAACUGUUGACAAGUCAUUCGUGGAACUACCGAGCUGGACACGAGAUGGACUCGUCGUUAGUACUAUGGAACAAGAAGCGGCAGCCACGAGCAACAGCGAUCCUGGGAGCGUUCGUAGCGCGCAAUCGCUACGCGUUUUCUGAUUAUGAAGCGGGAGGUGCGGGUUGGGACUUUCGCGACGCUGGCCCCGGCAAGUCGGUGCUCUGCGGCACCGCUACGCAUUACUACCCCGUUAAAGCGGAGGCUGAAAGGCUCGCUGCAAAUGCUAGCGUGCUGUACCUCAACAGCGAUGACUUCCUCGUGUAUGACCCAAAAACGAAGCCCCUGUACUAUACUCAGGCGCGACCUUGCGAGGUAUACCCGGGUGACGUGUAUUAG